GCCGAGGGAGUACCUGGAGGACCGGGACGAGGAGGAGACCCGUUCAUCCUCCGUGGUGAGAUCGCGCGGGCGGACCGGUCGCAUUUCGCGACCUGAGACGGGACAGAUCGGCCGCGACGCAUAGGUCAGUGCCAGGGCGAGCUGCGAUCGCGUCCCGAAUUCGCGGCCGCUCGACAGCGCGCUUCCCUGCUAUGCAUCGCGCUGCACUGUGAUGCGUCGCGGUGCACCGGCCGUGACUCCGUCGCGGCCGAUCCUCGCCGAUCGGUGAGCGUGUCCGUUUCCGCGCAGCGACCGAAUCGCAUCAUGUCUAUGAAGAAGGAAUCCCCGUGGGACGUUGAGCUCCACCUGGCGGCGGCGCGAGGAGACGCCAGGCGUCUUAGGCUCCUCUUGGACUCGGGACGCGUCCACGUGGACUGCAAGGACAAGGAUGGAACGACGCCGCUCAUCCUGGCCGCCGCCGGGGGUCACGUCGAGGCCGUCAACGAACUUCUUCAGCAAGGAGCUGAUCCUGCUGCCAAGAGGCUGACGGGGACCACUUCCUUGUUCUUCGCCGCCCAGGGCGGGUUCAUGGACAUCGCGACCCUCCUCCUGGAGCACGGGGCAACGGUGGACUCCUGCAGCGUCGACGGAGGCACGCCGCUCUUCGUGGCCUGCCAAUACGGCCACCUGGACGUCGUGGAGGGCCUCGUCGAGAGAGGAGGCAACGUCAACGCCCACACCAAGGACGGCGCGACGCCGCUGUUCGUCGCGGCGCAAAACGGCCACGUGCGCAUCCUGGAGGUCCUCCUGGCCCACGGGGCGAGGGUCGACGCCGUCCGGACGGACGGGGCGACUCCACUUUGGAUCGCCUCGCAGAUGGGCCACGACCACGUGGCGAGGCGCCUCCUGAAGGCCGGCUGCAGGGUCGACGCCACCAGGCACGACGGCGCCACUCCCCUCUUCAAGGCUGCUCACAAGGGCCACACCGCCGUCGUCGGGGAGUUGCUCAAGUAUCGCCCGUCCUUGGGUAUCCUGCCGAACGGCGAGAGUGCUCUUCACGCUGCCGCGAUGAUGGGGCACAUGACCGUCACCAGGCAGCUCUUGGGUGCCGGAGCUGACCCUCUCCUGGUGAACCAGGAAGGACUCACGUCUCUCCAGCUUGCCAUCGGGCACUCGCAGACCCAGGUAGCGAAUUACCUGAAGGACAAGCUGAGGGCGAGGACGGCGUCUCGUUAGCGCGCCUCCUGGGUCGGACACUCCCACGUGAAGAGCUCUUCGGCAUAUCUUGGAACGUCCCAUCAAUCAGUAUUCCGUUCGCGAAAAGGACCACCGAGAACUGUACUAAAUACCUUGGGGUGUCCGUCACCGAAACGCGCUUCGAUGCUCGAGUAAACGGAAGGACUUGACACCGUUGCCUCGAUGACGUUAACACUUUGCAUACGAUUAACCGUACCGACGUCAUCGAGUGCUAACGUUUCUACGGACGGAUUUUUUUUUUUUUUCCUUAUUUCCUUCAAUCGAGUGGGCGUAAGGAAACGGAUGGCGAUCGUCGAUUUAUCCCGGCAAGGUGUGCAUAACAUUAAUUAACUUAGUAUUAAUGUGGCUCGAGAAUUGUCUCAAUGUUCCGUCGUCGAGUAGUCACUUUAACGUGGAAUGGGAAUCCUAUAAGACUGACCGAUCUGCCUUGAUAAUCGUCCCUGGAGAUCUGGAGAUCUUCCUCGAGGUCUAGAAUUCUUCGCGACUAAUUGCGCCUCGCGUUUUACCCCUCGCAAUCGAGGAUCGGGGGAGGAACCGUGAAUUAAUUCCGACUCGUUGGAAGGGAGCGAAAGGUUGAUACACUCUCAAGUAUUCCGUCGGUCUUCCUAACGUGUUAUGAGUAACUAAGUGGUAUCCGUACACGCUGUUAUUGUUGAUCGAUGAGAUAUAUAAAUAUUUAAUAAACCUCGUAAGAGUAUAACAGUA